CAGUAGAGCAGUUCUUCCUAACAGACUUUACGGACAACCUGCCCACCCCCACACCUUACAGCAGGAAUUUGCAAUGGCAUUGCGCCCGCGGGCUUCCUCCCAGCCUUUAAAGCUUACUCUCUUCCAGAGUCCUAAGCUAAAUUCAUGCCAGCGACCUCGAGCUGUUUCUUCACAGUCAGGCUCCAUGCUGGAAGAUGAGCUCUCCUGUCCUGUAUGCUGUGAAAUCUUCAAGGACCCUGUGGUGCUGAAGUGCAGCCACAGUUUCUGCCGGGGCUGUCUUCAGCAGUUCUGGAUCAAGAAGUCCAAGCGCGAGUGUCCCGUCUGCAGGAGGAAGUGCUUGCUGACGGAGCCCACAGUCAGCUUGGCACUGAAGAAUGUUGCUGACACCUUCCUGAGGGAGCAUGGGCACGGGGGAGCCGCAGCGCGGACUGGGGCCGGCGGUGCAAGGGAAGCAGUGAUAGUGGAUAUUAAAUGCAACACACAUGGAGAAGUUCUCAAACUCUUCUGUCUGGAUGACUUUGAAGUCCUGUGCUGUGUGUGUCACACCUCCAAGAAGCACCAGGGACACAGAGUGUGUCCCAUAGAAGAAGGUGCUCAGGAUCUUAAGGCAGAGCUGAAAAAUGAGUUGAAUCCUCUAAAGAAAACCCUGCGUCGCCUGUAUGAAGCCAAGCAGGAGUGUGAUGACACAACUGUACACAUCAAGAACCAGACUCAAGCCACAGAAAAGCAGAUCAAAGAGGAGUUUGAGGAGCUGCGGGCGUUUCUCCAGAAGGAAGAAGAUGCACGACUGGCUGCUCUGAAGAAGGAGGAUACGGAGAAAAAAGAGCUAGUGAAGAAGUCAUCUGAGAGCCUCACCAGAGAGAUCCUCACCGUCUCCCAUGCUGUCAUUGCCAUUGAGAAUGAGAUUGCAUCCAGUGAUGUUAAUUUCCUUCAAAAUUAUACAAACACAAAGAAAAGAGCACAGAUCCCACAGAAGAAUCCAGAAAAAAUGUCAGGCGCUCUCAUAAAUGUGGCCAAACAUCUCAGUUCCCUCAAGUACCACGUGUGGGAGAAAAUGGCGGAUCUGGUUCAGUACACACCCAUCACCCUGGAUCCCAACACUGCAUACUCCUGGCUGUCCCUCUCCUCAGACCUUACCAGUGUAGCCAACAGUGGAUCCCUGCUGCAGCUCCCAGACAAUCCUGAACGGUUUGGUCACUUUGUGUUCGUCUUAGGCUCAGAGGGCUUUACUUCAGGCUGUCACGCCUGGGAAGUAGAGGUGGACGACAAGGUGGACUGGAUGCUUGGGGUGGUCAAAGAGUCCAUCGACAGGAAGGGCCGCAUCUCGGGCUGUCCCGAGGUCGGCUUUUGGAUGAUCUCGUACUUUGAGGGGGAGUACUCAGCCAUGACGAGGCCCAGCACCCCACUGCAGCUGGAGGAGACGCCGACUCGAGUCAGGGUGCAGCUGAACUAUGAUUCUGGAGAGGUCAUCUUCUCUAACCCUGUCAAAAUGACACCCAUCUACACUUUCAAUGACUUCUUCACUGAGAAGAUGUACCCCUUCUUCUGCCCUGGAGCCAACAUCAGUGGAAAUAACCCCAAACCUCUUAAAAUCUGCCGCUCCAAGGUGGCUGUGUGGAACAGCGCAACAUGGUGAUUAGUGAGCACCUUACAAAGAACAUUAGUGCAAUUAAAAUUCAUGAUAUUACCCAAGCGUAAAUCAAAAAAUUAACCAAAUUAUGCCAGUGUAUGAUUGUUGGUAAAAUGAGGAUGACACAAGCAGAGUGAUUACAGCACUGACUGGUUUAUUUCACUUGGGUUCAUUUAUUGAUUGACUGCAGGUUAUGACACCAAAAGAGGCGAAGCAACCAGGGGGAGGCACUUGCCAUAAUUACCCAGCAAGGCUCCAUUAUACUUCUCAGCCAGGCAGGCUGUUAGACUAAGCAUCUCUUGCACACUGUCCUGAACAUCAAUCUCCCCCUGGUGGUCACAAACACGGCUAAUAGAUGUCUCACACUGGAGCACAAUUAUUUUCAUUCUUAGUUCAGAAAACGAGUCACACAUGAGUCAAGUUCUGAUUUUUUUUUUUUUUUUUUUUCUUCAAAUGUGACACAGGUCUGUCAUUCGCUGCCAGUAUGAACAUUAAAACACACACCCUCACACCCCUGACCUGGACUUCCUUCUAAUGUGAUCAGUCUGAAUUUGGUGGCAAUACAAGAACUGCUUUAUCCCGUCUUUAAUGCAUACAGGAUAGCUGCAAAAUAUGGAACUGCAAGUUCAGUUUUAUUUUUUUGAAUGAUGCAUGAGUAGAAAGCAUGUGUGAAAACAGUUGAUUAUGCAGGGUGAUUAUGCGGGAAAUUGCGAAGUAAAUGGCUUAAAACUAACUGAUGAACAUUUAAUGCAGAAAUCAGUGUGGCGCUGCACAUUCAUUUUAAAUAGAGAAAGAUUUUAAUGUUAUUAUCCCACCCUUUAAACACUGGAGCUGAGUGCACCCCUCUUUCAUGUGUAUGCUUCCCUCAGGAUGAAGUUAUAUUAAUGUUAUAAGAUAAUAAGAUCUGACCUAACUGUGCAGUCACUAAGUUUUGAACAGUGACUCCUGCAGCAGUUUCUUUGUUUUCCAGAAACCAUAUAAUGAUUAUAUGAGCACUCAGCCAUUGUUUAUAAAAAUGCUAACUUC